AUGGGGAAAAUUAACAAAAAAUCACCAAAACCCAAGCUAAGUUCCAAGCCUAAUGAUGAUAGCAACAAGAUCAAAGGACCUUUUCCCAUCUAUCGAUCGACACCGGUUCAACUAAACGGUCCGGAACCAACCAGUUUCAAGGUAGUAGAAAAUAAACCGAAUAAGAAAGAUAGGGUAACGAAGGGUACAAUAUCAGAAAACCCGCAACAAAAACCAGGCCCAUCACUCGACGAGCCAGAAGAUGGAGCAAAAACGAAAAAGCUUCGCAAGCUGGCCAUUUCACGAUUAUCCAAAAAGGAAAAGAAACAGUUCCGCAAAGAGGAAAUGUUGAAAAAAGUCGAACUUACGAAGCAAGCUUUCCGGCAAGAUAAGGAACGAAAGAAGCGUGAACAGACGGCCAUCACCGGCGACUUGAAACCGUUGCUGGAUGCAUUACCUUCGCUAGAGUCUCUAUUUGAGGUGAAAUCAGCCGCUGCACUUAAAACGGGUGUACCCAAGUACGAUAAAAAGGCUGAACCCAGAACGAAAAAACAGCGACAAGCGCAACGUCGGAACAAAAACAAGCGCGAAUUCAUGAAGCGUUGCCGUACCAUCAAACGGGUGCUAAACGAUCAAGCAUUUAAAAAAGAUCCCAAAAAAAUGAUCGCCGACUAUAUAAAGAAUGCACGCAAGGAGCAGUCUGAGUUGCUGUUGAAAAGUGCAUCGUAA